AUGGGUGACAAUAUUCUGGACGAGAUGUCUCUCUCGGACGACGAGAUGCUAGACAGUUUAGCGGACGAUAUGCUGAUGGAAAUAGCACAGGAGAAAGAGCAUGAACCAUUGGAGGUUUCAACCUCUACAUGGUCUCAAAGUGCCGUGUCAACUCCUAGUAAUGUGGCUCCUUCAGUCAAUAUGCCGGAUUUAAGUCAAAUGAUGUCACAAAUGAUGCCAAUGAUGUCGAGAAUGUUUGGUAACAACAAUGCUGGCAGUACAAACUCCUUGCAGCAAGUGCCAGUGUCAUGGCAGGAACUUGUGAAGCGUCAUGUACCCAGCAAUGAGCAAGAAGACUGGCUUACGACUAUUGACAAGGACGCGACCAAGUUACAUGCUGCGAGGAUCUCUAAGACUUUUAUCAAGCCACACAGCCGCUCGUACCGAACAACAGCAUCUCCAAUGCCUAAUGUUUAUAUGGAGGUUGGCACGAUGCUGGCCAAUAUGCUAAAUGAGGCAGUGUGCUCUGCUCAACUGGAGCACAACCGGCAAUGGCAGGAGCUGAAGGACGGCGUGGUGUCUCACCUUGCACAAACUGGGAUGACAAAAGUGUUUGAGAACAAGUUUAAAGAGAUGCUGCGGCAGCACGUUGCUAAUGAUCCCGACUAUUUGGCGGAAAAAGACAGCGAACGGUGCACAGAUCGCAAGCUCCGCUUACUUUGCCUACAUGGUAUGUACCAGGAUGCAGUCACCUUUAUGAGUAAGAUCAAGCACCUGCGCGGAAUCAACUCGGAUACAAACGUGGAAUUUAUCUUCUUGGACGGGCCCAUCAUCACACUGCCACCCAUUUUGGCGCGUCAGAGCAAGCAGCAGACGACUAUAGCUCUCACCAAUCAUAAGCGUUUACACAUUGUCACGAAGAAAACAAAAUUUCGCGCGUGGUGGAGGCCGUUGGGCAACCACCAGGAAGGCUCUAGCAGCUUGGACGAAGACCGGAACAUUCUCAUAAACCUCCUGCGUGAGAAGCUGGAUGAGGUUGGAGACGUGGACGGAGUUGUCGGAUUUUCACAAGGAGCGAGUCUUGCGGCGUGGAUGUGCUCGAAACAGGCUUGCGUUGAACUACAAUGGUCUCCAAAGCUAGCUGUGCUAAUGGGAAGCUAUUUGGGCUCUCCACAGUUUUCAUUGGACUCGGGCGUUGUCCCAGACAUCGCGUCGCUGCACGCGUUUGGCUCAAAUGACUUCGUUAUCCCAGCUACCAAGAGCCAGCAAGUGGUGGACAUAUUUAAGCAGCAGGAGACUCUCAAAAAUCGCGUGCUAACUUCGGUACAUACCCAAGGCCACGUGAUCCCCAAAUGCGACGCAUCAAAGAGUCUGUUCGAGUCAUUUCUUACUUUCGAGAGAAUGAGAUUGCUUGGAAGGUCUGUCCCACACGAUGAUGUGACGUUAUCAGAAGCCCAGAUGUCGUUCCAACGACUCUGCGCUCUGUAA